CGGGUCACCAGGCAUCAAGUAAUUUGGCUCGACAGCGAGCACCGCGUCAUCUGGCAAGGCAGUGGGCUCCGAGUCAACUGGCAUGACCGCGGGCACUGGGGCAGACAUUGAAUCGUCUGGCUGGACAGCGGGCAUCGGGUCACCAGGCAUCAGGUCAUUUGGCUCGACAGCGGGCACCGCGUCAUCUGGCAAGGAAGUGGGCUCCGAGUCAACAGGCACGACAGUGGGCACCGGGUCAUCAGGUACCGGAUUGUCUGGCUCGACAGCGGGCAUCGGGUCACCAGGUAUGACAGCGGGCACUGGGUCACCAGGCAUCAGGUCAUUUGGCUUGCCAGCGGGCACCGCGUCAUCUGGCAAGGCAGUGGGCACCGGGUCACCAGGCAUUGGAUCGUCUGGCUCGACAGCGGACAUCGGGUCACCAGGCAUCAGGUCAUUUGGCUCGCCAGCGGGCACCGCGUCAUCUGGCAAGGCAGUGGGCACCGAGUCACCAGGUACGACAGCGGGCUCUGAGUCAAUUGGCCUAAUAGGAUCGUCAGGCUGGAUCAGUUCAUCAUGCUGGGUAGAGGCAUCAGGCUGAAUGCCGCAUCCGGCUGAGUAGAGGCUUCAGGCCGAGUAGAGGCUUCAGGCCGAGCUUAGGCCGAGGCUUCAGGCCGAGUAGAGGCUUCAGGCCGAGUAGAGG